AGUUUUUCUCGUUUUCUGUUUCUCCAUCAUUCAACAUAUUCUGUCUCAAACUCUUCUCAGUGGCGGCGCUUUCUUAUUCUAGCGCCGCUACUGCGAUUAUAUCAUUUCCAUAAGUUUCAAGUCUUUAUCAAAAAAAAAUUCUAACAUGGAAGAUCUCACGUAUGAAUUCAGUGACUCCUAUGAAUGUUCCAUUGAUCCAAGUUUCUUCAUGAGUAACCCCGCACUGGAUGAUUUAGCCAUUAACAACAUUGCCAUUAACAAUGGACCCACUUCAAUGUUCCAACAAAAUGUAACCAAUUUACCCAUUAAUAACAAUAAUCUACCCCACCAGAAUCACCAUGCAGUAUUUCAACAGGAACAUGGUACUGACUUUAAUGAUCAUUUUUCCACUCCAAUGUUCCAACAAAAUCAUCAUGGUAGUAAUACUAAUGAUGAUCAAUUUAAUCACAAUACAAUGUCACAAGAAGACCACCUUGAUAGUAUUAGUGAUUCAUUUUUCGAUGGAAUGCUACAAGAAAUGCAUGAGGAUGAACAAAUUCAACCUGUGAAUCAGAUUCCGGUUUUGCCGAACGAAACCGAUGCAAUGACUCUUGAUCAAUGGCCUCCCGCACCACUCCCAUAUUUUUGCAGUUGUUGUAAUGUUCUCAGAGAAAUCAUUCACGCUAAUGGUGUUCAAUUUGAAAAGCUUGAGAUUCAUGGAAGGCUAGGUUUGAUUACACAUGCAAUUCAUCACCAGACACCUGUUAAUGGAGGCCCACCAAUUAACCAAAUGAUUGAUUUUAGCAGGAGAAACCUUGAUGAAAUAAAGAAAUUUCUGGCGCAAUACUGCAUGGAUCGUAUUUCAGCAGGAUAUUUUAUUCUACAAGAUCCCUUGUCUUCAUAUUAUGAGACUCUUUGCACUGGAUUGGAUUGGGUUGAAGAUUUUAACAUUGAGGGUAUUCUUGAUAAUAAUAAUCAAAAUAAUUCAGAUGAGAUGGUAGAACAAGAGCAACAACAAGAACAAAUGGGUGAGAAUGGAACUCCUACCGCAACACCGGAUAAAAAGGACCUCUCAAAACAGAGAAAAAAAGCGGGAAAAUUGACAUUAGCUGAUUUAAUCGAUCAUUUUCAUCUGCCUAUUGAGGAAGCAUCGGAAAAGGUGGAAUUGUGUCCAACCGUUCUCAAGAAAACAUGCCGCAAAGCAGGAUUAACAAGAUGGCCUCACAGAAAGGUGAAAAGCCUUUUGAAGCAGAUAGCAUUGCUAGAGAGUCAAUUGGGAAGACAAGAUGCAGCGACAAGGGCAAGGACUGAAAAAGAUAUUAGCGAGCUUAAGGAAGAAAUGAUUAAGCAUUGUGGUGGACUUAUUCCAACGGCCAUGUAUAACAUCGCUGCCUUCUUGCCACCACAGAAUCAGCAACGUAGGUAGUGGCAUGGUCCAAUUGUUAUGGGGAAGAGUGGCUAGAGACUGUAUAUGAUUGUGGGGUGUUUUAUUUUAUUUUUUUGUUUGUUGUUGUUUUGUGAUUGCUUUAGACUUGAUUUGGUGGUGAUAAUAAUAUAAUAAUGUAAAUGUAUCUUUUAUUAACAAA